UGUGAUCCCGAUAAGCUUCCCGGAGUUGUCCCUGCAACGCACCAUGUCCGUUCUGACUCGUUUGUGCCAUCUACAGAUUUGCACAGCUCUGGAGAGCUUUUGAUCACCGUCUACACGCGUUCGGUAUAUGUUUCAACUGACCUGCGCUCCUCGCAAGCCAUUCUUUUUUAAAACUAGGCUCAAUCGCUUUCCCCGGAGUCUAUCUGGAUAUCGCUUUAGUUUGCAAAAGGAAUUGCCAGUGCGUUGAUGGAUUCACUACUAAACAAUGGAGAAACAGACAGCAACUGAAAAACGGGAAUAAACGGGUGGCGUUCGGAGAGGAAUACACAAUUUAACGAGAGAUCUGGGAUAAUUGUCUGAUCUAGAAGUGCGUGUGGCCGUUUUCAGCUCAACUUGGUGGAAACUACACAAGAAUGGUGUGUUAGGACUCGGAUUUCAGCGCAGGUCGGUGUGCAAAAGAAUGCACCUUGCUCCGUUUCUCUGCUUUUCUUUACAUAAAACAAGAAAAGAAGAUGUGUUGAAACCGCAAAGGCUUUAAAGCGCCUCCGUUUAGAAUUGAGUGGAAUCAAGGCGAAUGGAUACGUUUCCGAUGUUUAAGGUGAACGAGUGACCCAAUGAGGUGGAAUACUACUUUAGCGGAGUGCUGGAAGAGAAGUCACCUUGCCCCAGUUCUCCGAGAGCACAGGGAAAGAGACAGACAUCUCUGAUUGUUUGUUGCCAGUAGGGAGACGGGAAGGUGUAAGCCUGCCAUCUGAGAGCAUUUGAAAUCAAGGCUGCGAGAAGGAACCAUAUGGCACAAAACACAAUAUAGGUCCCUGCUUGUGAUUUACCAUGGCCAAAGUGCUCUGCAGCCUCCUUCUCCUGGGAAGCGCAGUGAUGAUGACCACCGCCUGCCCUAAAUAUUGUGUCUGUCAGAACUUAUCAGAGUCCUUGGGCACAUUGUGCCCAUCCAAAGGUCUGCUGUUCGUGCCCCCUGACAUUGACAGAAGAACCGUGGAGUUACGUCUGGGAGGGAACUACAUUAUCAAAAUUACCCAGCAGGACUUCACCAACAUGACGGGCCUUGUGGACCUCACACUGUCACGAAACACCAUUAGCUUCAUCCAGCCCUUCUCCUUUGUGGAUCUUGAAACCCUGCGUUCGCUGCACCUGGACAGUAACCGGUUGACAGAGCUGGGCCCGGAUGUCUUGCGAGGCUUAGUGAACUUGCAACACCUCAUCCUAAACAACAACCAACUGACUCGCAUAUCCAAAGAAGCUUUCGAUGACCUGCUGCUCACCUUGGAGGACCUAGACCUCUCCUACAACAACCUGCGAGGCAUACCCUGGGAUGCCAUUCGCAAAAUGCUCAACCUACACCAGCUGAGUCUGGAUCACAACCUCAUCAGCCACAUUGCUGAGGGCACUUUUACUGAUCUUGAAAAGCUGGCAAGGCUGGAUCUGACAUCAAAUCGUCUCCAGAAGCUUCCACCCGAUCCUAUCUUUGCUCGGUCACAGAGCAGCAGUCUUCUUAGUACACCAUUUGCCCCGGUCUUGUCUCUCAGCUUUGGUGGGAAUCCUCUUCACUGUAACUGUGAGAUUCUUUGGUUGCGGCGUCUAGAGCGGGAGGACGAUAUGGAAACCUGUGCCUCCCCUCCUAGUCUGAAAGGUCGCUACUUCUGGUAUGUGCGAGAGGAAGAGUUUGUCUGUGAACCACCGUUAAUUACCCAGCAUACCCAUAAGCUUUUGGUCCUUGAGGGACAGACGGCCAGUUUACGCUGCAAGGCCGUGGGCGACCCUAUGCCUCUCAUACACUGGGUUGCUCCAGAUGACCGACUAAUUAGUAACUCGUCCAGGGCUACAGUGUAUGAAAAUGGUACUUUAGACAUUAUGGUCACCACGUCUAAGGAUUAUGGGACAUUUACUUGCAUUGCUGCAAACGCAGCAGGAGAAUCAACAGCCUCAAUUGAGCUCUCCAUCAUUCAGCUCCCCCAUCUAAGCAAUGGAACUAACCGCACAUCUCAGCCCAAGUCCAGACUAUCUGACAUCACCAGCUCCACUAAAACCAGUAAAGGGGAGACCAAAGCCCAACCAGAACAGGUAGUGUCAGUGUCAGAGGUCACUGCGGUCUCUGCUCUGAUCAAGUGGACAGUAAACAAAGUGGCACCCAAAGUCAAAAUGUACCAGCUCCAAUAUAACUGUUCAGAGGAUGAUGUCCUAAUUUAUAGGAUGAUUCCAGCGAUCAGCAAAUCCUUCUUGGUCAACAACCUGAUGCCAGGGAUGCAGUAUGACCUAUGUGUGUUGGCCAUCUGGGAAGACACGGCCACCACGCUCACUGCGACGAACAUAGUGGGAUGUGUGCAGUUCGAGACACGUGACGAGUACCCCCGCUGCCAGUCGCUGCACAGUCAGUUUUUAGGAGGAACCAUGAUACUGGUAAUUGGUGGAGUGAUCGUAGCUACUUUGUUGGUCUUUAUCGUCAUCCUUAUGGUACGCUAUAAAGUGAACAGUGGCUUGCAGGUUGCAAAGUUGGUGACAGUGAGCAACACCUACUCCCAGACCAACGGGAGGCCACAGGCCGCUCAGCGACUUAACAAUGGUGCUCCUACACCGCAGACGCCAAAGACUGUAGUGGUGAUGCGAGAUGAAGUGGUGGAGUUUAAGUGUGGCUCCUUGCAGAGUAGCAUCUCGUCCUCUUCAUCCUCCUCGGCUGACUCCCUUAGAUGUGAGAAAGUUGAGUCUUACAACCGACAUGUGGAUUCUAACACCUUGCCCAACAGGUGGAAGCAGUCGUCAACUAAGGUACGACCAAACCUGGAUAACUUACUUGGGGCAUUUGCUUCUUUGGACCUGAGGGUUCCAGCAAGAGACCCAGAAGGACCAUCUUCCUCAGGGACCAUGGCGAUGGGCAUGAGACCACCCACUGACAAGGAGCCUCUGCUAGGUCGGGGAGAUUCCAAGCUUGGGAAGCUUGUAAUGCUGCCAUCAGAGAACAAACCCAAGCGCAGCCACUCGUUCGACAUGGGUGACUUUGGUGCUUCGCAUUGCCUUAGCUACCCACGACGCAUCAGCAACAUUUGGACUAAAAGGAGUCUCUCAGUCAACGGCAUGCUUCUGCAGUGCGACGAGAGUGAGGGGGAAGGGGAUAAGGCAACAUUUGAUAGCUCUGAGUGGGUCAUGGAGAGUACAGUCUGACAGGGAUAUCGGAUUAGCUCUGCCAAAAAAGAACAAAAAAACAACCCAUUCUCUGAACUCGUCAGGUGAAAAGGAACUUGCUGCAUCAUAUGACGUCAUGAAGGACUCAAAUGGCUGUAAUGAAAAGACACCUCAGUGGUGGCCAUGACUGUGUAAUGCAUGAUUUUCCAUGUCAAUAUUGUCCUUCUGUUCAUUUGAUCACAAAGAAGUUCAGUGGUUUGUGUCCGAGUCAGCCAAGGCCAGGGCUGGUCCUGUUUAUUGAGAGCUGAACGAAGGAUAUCUCCAGUUGCCUUCAAACAUUAAAGCAGAUAUGAAUAAAUACCCAAGAACAAGGGAUGUGGGGGUAUCUCAGAGAAGCAGGGGGAAUAAAAGAGAGACUUUAUCCGACUGUGCACUGCAGUUUGCCAAGAGGAUUUUCUUCAGCUAAGUGGAUGUGCAUCGCAAUGGACCAAACGUUCCCAUGAGACAGGACUAUAUAAUUUAGCAGGUGAAAUGAAAAAAAGAAAAAAAAAGAAAAAAAAAAGCAAAUGUAAUGAAAUUUUGUAGGUUAUUUUUCUUUUGUUGUCAUUUUUACUUUUUUAAGUUAAUUCUAGUGUUGUCCCCAAGCAUUUUUCCUGAACAACUGAAGAAUACACUAUAGUCUGUCAUACAUAUUUUACACUGAAGAGAAAUACAGAUCUAAAAUUCAGGAAGAUUUCUUUUUCAUAAUCAAAUCUGAAAAUUUAAUCUGCUAAUUGACCGUGUUGUUUCAUGACAUUAUGUGCCUCUUUUUCAGUUUAUCAGUGCAUUUAUCACACUACUUUCUGAGUUUGAAAGCUAGCUGUUGUCUGAUCUCUGAUCACCUCGCUUUAAAUUUCAUUUAGUACUAAUGUAGAACAGUAUUAGUCAGUCUGUCUGAGGUACAUAUUAUUUAUGCAAAGGGAUAUUUACUACAUAUUACAUACCAAACCAAUAUAUUGCAUACCCAACCAAGAAGAGACUCUGUGUGAUGUCCCCUUGGUCAACCCUUAUUAAAAAGUACAAAAAAUGGUAACUACCAACAUGGUUUGGACAUGUUAUCAUUGUUAUACCACAGUAUUCUUUAAAGUACCAUGGUAUAUGAAAAUGAAAGUAGAUGGUAUUACCAUCUUACACAAUCACUGUACCAUGGUAUCUUGACAAUAUUUUGCAAACGUUUUCCAAGAGUAUAAUAAAGUACUAUGAUUUUCUGAUAUUUAUUGAUGGUAGUUGCUCCCUCAGUGAUCAUUUCUAAUUAUAGCUCUAUUCCAUCUGUAAGAUUAGUUUGUUGGUGUUGGUGAUUUACGUUUGUACUCUCCACAACAAGCCCCUCAAGACUUAAGCCUGAAAUGUAGGUCAGAGUGUUACGCUAGACAGUGUGUUGUGAAAGACAUUUAGGACAGGAUCUGGAUCACAGUUUUGUAGAGACCUUUAUUAGUGCCAAAUGGUUGUGGCAAGCUUGAUUUCACACAAAGGUGAAUCAUGAACCGGGGAGAAACAGAGCUCCUCUGUCAUCGCUGUGCCCUUGAGCGAUGGCACUUAACCUCAGGUUGCUCCAAGGGGACUCUCUUGUUAUUAGUGCAGUGCAAGUUGGAUGAAACUUAUGAAGCUGGUUACAUGAUAAAUGACAAAAGAAAAUGUUAAAGACCUGGAUAAAUCAUGUAUAGUCAUUAUUUUAGAUUUAACCAUUUCAGAAAUGUGGUGACACUUCCCAUGAACACAUCUAUAGUGCAUUUUUAGUGCAUUUUAGUUGAAGUUUAAGUAGUUGUAAACAUUAUUACGACUGAUAGGUUUAAUGACAAAAUACUGUUACUGUUUUACAAGUGGGCUAGAGUUUGGGUGAGGAUGCAGUAUUAAAUAAGAAUUGGAUUUUGUACGGUCAGGUUUCCAUGACCUUACAUUUAUCUUGUCCCUAAAUAUGAGGCAUUAUUUUGUUGUAAUGAUUUUUGUAAAAUAAAUUAUCCAGACUUAUUAUCUGUAAAAUUCUCCAGCCAAUCCAGUGUUAUAUUACAUUGCAGACAUCAAAAUGGCUAUUUAAUUUUGUUAAGUGUGUACUAUAGAUCUGGUGUUCCUAGGAAGUGUUACCCAAAGGAUCAUAACACACAAUGUCUAUUUUUCUUAUGUUGAAAAAAUCUUUAUUUUUCUAUUUUGUGAAAAGCUAACGGUUCAUUGCCUUUUUGUUUGUCUGAUACAAUGUCAUUGUAUACAGUUUUGAUUAUGAUUUACUUUUACAGUUAUAUUAUAUACAGAAAGACAUGGAUAAACAAACAUAACAUACAAUAUUUAUUUAUUUUUUCAUUGUUAUUAGUAGUGUCAUUUUUAUUUUUAACUAAACAUUUAAGCCACAUUCUAGAUUUGCAACAUUCAUUGUUUAUAAUUUGUUACUGCUCUUGGUAUAUGACUCUUUCUAUGACUUUUUUGUAUAAAAAAAAAAAAAGAAAUUAUAUAAGAAUGUAUGACGGUAUUCUGUACAGUGAACCUCUUAUUUUCCUGGUCAGAGAAAAAAAAAGAGAAGGUGCUUUAACGUAUUGUUCUGACAUACGCGUAAAUGUGAAGCAGCAUAGUUGCGUUUUUCACUUGGAGUUGUAGAAAAAAAGAAAAGAGACUAAAUCAUUCUAAACCA